AUGGAGCGGAAUUUUCAUAAGGCACCAUGUGGAGCAUUGCAUGCCAUUUCGCGUGAUCCUAUUGGUAGCCACCCAAUUGGAGCAAUAGAAUCAAAUCUCUCAAUCAUAUCAGAACGUUCUUCAAUACCACCUGCUCUUUCUCCGUUAGCAAUAACAACUACUAGAACAGCUACACAAGUUACUAAUACCCAGCCAAUAUCUGUGCAUUCUUCAGUGGAAAUACCACUGAAGAGUGGAGACCAAAGUCCUCUUCCUCCUUGCAGAGGAGUACCUCCUCCUCGUAUAUCUCCUAUCAUUUCAAGUGGCAGUAGAGACAUCCGAGGGCGUCGUUACAAUACGAAUAUAUUAUCCCCAAUUUCGGGUAAUGCUCCACCUAUGUUACCUGUUCCAGUUUAUAAUCUUCCUAUUACACCUGCUCAAAGCGUAACAACAGGUUCUUCUUGUUCUUCUUCAGGGAUACUACAGGGUGCCGGUGGUGGACGUCGAAUUUUUAAACGUAUUGGUAUGAAUUGUGUAUACGACAUUUACGGUGAUGAUUCCAUCUCCACGGAAAUAGAGAAUCCUGUAAUAUCAGAAGAAACAAAUGGUUUGAAUAAUGCUAUCAUAAACUCUGGUCUUGUUGGUAGUGUUGAUAAUAAUAGCAACUACAACAGCACCAACAGUAAUGGUUAUACAGCCUUUGUAAGACCAUGGCUUCGUCAGCAGUCUUUACCAUCCUGUAGUUUUCCUAACAAUGGUUCAAAAGAGUCUAUGGGACUCCAGGAAACGCCUUUGCAUGACUCUUCUAUGGUAAAGAAUAAGAGGUCUUCUGGUAAAACUCAUAAUCUAAAUUUUUCCGGUAAACAUCGUCGACGACACAAUUGUCCAUAUCACAAAGUAAUUAAUGAAGGUGACGUGCAUGUCACUGAAAUGUCACACAAAGAUUCUUCGCAUUACAUUCGAUCUUACUCCUUGACUGCCUUGGAGUUUUCCUUGGCGAAGAACAUAACAUCUAAUGAAAACAGUUUUAGUGGAAGUCAAAAUCAUCCUUCUGAGGGUAAAUAUCAAUCUUCACAUCAUGAUUCUACUUUCAGUAUAAAUGGGGAAAAUCUAAUUAUUCCACCAACUCCUAAAUCCAGCGCAACACUUUCACGUACUUUGUCUAAUCUUCGUGCAAAGUCCAGAAGUGGUGUCUCUGAAAAAUCUAAAGCACAUCGUCUGUUAUCACCUCGCAAUACAAGGGCGAGAACAAGUGAGAAAAAUAUGGGAUCAGAAUCCAAAGAUAAGAAACGUCAAAAUAGAGGAAUAAUUCAAGAAAUGUGGUGUGACGCAGAGAGUUGCAGUUCUAGAAGCAGCAGUGUAAGCAGUACGAGAAGUUCCUCAAGUGAUGAUGGUAGUUGUUGCUCUUGUUGUUCAUGUCGUCUAGAAAUUACUGAAGGUAAUGCUUUUGACGCUGAUAACCAGUCAAAGCAUGGAUAUCUUACUUCUUCUGAUAAGCCACGUGUAGUAGCAUACAAUAACUUUUUCGAUGCAGAGGAUAUACCUGCGGUUUCAGUCUGUAGUUUCCGAAAGUCAUCCACUCUUGAGAAAAACACUGACUUUGGACAGAAAUAUAGUCUUCAUGAUACAGUAUGA